AUGGCCGCGUUUCGCAAAAAUAACUAUACGGAGAGAUACCACGACCGCACUCUCUGCUCCGAGAGUCAGAGCGAAGGAAAGAACAGUGCUACAAGGACGAUGGCGAGGGGGAAGGAGCAAUCUCAGGACAACAGGCACAGGGCUCUACCUGCAAUAGGAGCACCAAGGAAUGAAGAAAGGCCACGGAACAAGAGUAGCAACCCAAAGGCAUUGGUCAAGCGAUCAAUCCCCAUGAGCUCCACCAGCAUGAUAGACGCCACACUCACGAAUCCCGCUGCAAGAAGGCAUAAGUCCGAAGAGUACAGCAACUAUAGUGAACCCAAACAUCGUGUUACAAAAUGGAGUGAAUGCCACGGUGAUUCCACUGAUGAGCAGACACAGAUUAUUGAGAAGAAGGCAAUCCACCCGUGGAAGAUCACUCAGCCAUCCCAUGAAAACUCUACCCAAAAAAGCCUAAGAGAAUCAAUGGAACCCACCAUGUGUAAAGAUCCUCGACUGGCUCGACGACUUCCACCGCCAUGGGAAGUGACGCUGAUACGUCUUGGGCGAGAUGAACAUGAUGCAUUUGACACCUUAGAGACAAGAGAAGACAAAACAAAUACCAAGGCACAAAAUCUCUACCAAGCAGUUGAGAAGAAUGCCAACAAAGAUGAGAUAAGCCCCUCUCCAUCCAUAUUCUUCCAGAAGGACGUUCCCAAGAGGAGCGAGUGCGAAAGUGCCAACUCCAGAGCCACAAACUGCAAUGCCGGUCGCAAGAGCUCUCCUGGUGUCGAACCAAUUACUGACUGCCACGAUGCAUGGCAGGUAUAUGAGCCCAAAUCCCAAACCUACCACAAGAUAUGCAAAUUCCAUGAUCAACUGGACGCAAACUCCCCGAGGAAAGAAAAAGAAGCCGAACACGAACCUCCAAGAAUCCCUUUUGGCCUUGGACUCGUGGAACUCGAGGACCAAGGCAGGAAGGAAGAUUCCAAAGCAAUACGCAAUCCCAUCGAUGAUGGCAUUGGCAGCGAAGGCUGCGAAGACGAUGACCCAACCGUAUCCCCCGUUGGGGACGUCGGGGACUUCGAUCGGCUCCUCCUCGUCGACGGGAACGGCCGGCGUCCCGAGUUCUUUCUCUCCCGGACUGAGGACUUCCCGUCCUCCGGUUCCCACGCUCCCGGGACUUCCGAAGGCUACACUGGAUUUCUCCGAGUUGGUCUGGAGGGAAAACAAAGUUUGCCGGAUGAAUGGCAGGAAAAGUUGGGCUCGUUCAGUCUGGAUGCAGGCAAGGCGUCGAGUCGAGCUCAAAGCUCGAUAUAG